AUGGUACUAGAAGUCAUGAAGAAGUUAAGAUCAGAUAGGUUGACUCUUGUAUUAGUGAAUAUUGCUGGUAUAAUGGAGAAAGCUGAUGAGACUUUGUUACCUAAUGUUUAUACAGAAAUUGGCAAAGAUUUGCAUACUGAUCCAACUGGUCUUGGUUCUCUUACUCUGUUUAGAUCAUUAGUUCAAUGUCUUUGUUAUCCAUUAGCUGCCUAUCUUUCUGCUCGUCAUAACAGAGCUCAUGUCAUUGCUCUUGGUGCUUUUCUUUGGUCUGCUGCUACUCUCCUUGUUGCCAUCUCUUCCACCUUCACUCAGAUAGCGAUUUCGAGAGGAUUGAAUGGAAUAGGACUUGCAAUAGUCACACCAGCAAUCCAAUCUUUAGUUGCUGACUCAACUAACGAGAGUAACCGCGGUACUGCUUUUGGAUGGUUAGCACUAACAUCAAGUUUUGGCUCAAUCCUUGGUGGGCUUUUGUCUGUGCUGAUAGCUGAAACAUCAUUCAUGGGGAUCCCUGGUUGGAGACUCUCUUUCCAUCUCGUUGGUAUUGUAAGUGUUCUUGUUGGUUUUUUAGUCCGUCUCUUUGCCAACGAUCCACGAUAUCUUGGAAGUAAGGCUGACAAAGAAACUGAUCAACUUAAACUAAAAUCAUUUCAAGAAGAAGUUAGUGAACUGCUAAAAGAAGCAAAAGCGGUUAUCAAAGUGCCCUCUUUUCAAAUACUUAUCGCCCAAGGGGUUUCCGGGACGUUCCCCUGGUCAGCAUUGUCAUUUGCCACAAUGUGGUUGGAGCUUGUAGGAUUCUCUCACAAGACAACAGCUCUUCUCUGGACUUUGUUUCGAGUUGCUGACUCACUUGGCUCGUUGUUUGGAGGAUUCAUGGGGGAUGUACUGUCUAAGCACUUGCCUAAUUCUGGUAGGAUUAUACUCGCACAGAUAAGCACGGGAUCAGCAAUUCCAAUAGCUGCAAUUCUUCUGCUGCUAUUGCCUAAUGAUCCUAAAACAGCUACGUUGCACGGUUUAGUCUUGUUCAUCAUGGGAUCAAUCAUAUCAUGGUGUGGUUCAGCGACAAACAAUCCUAUAUUUGCUGAGAUAGUACCAGAGAGAGCUCGGACAAGCAUUUAUGCUCUGGAUCGAUCUUUUGAGACCAUAAUAUCGUCUUUUGCUCCAUUGGUGGUUGGUAUUUUAGCUCAACAAGUUUUUGGUUAUAAGCCGAUCCCCGAGGGGUCAACAAGCUCACAAGAAAUUGAAACAGAUAGACAAAAUGCUGCAUCACUUGCCAAGGCAUUGUACACUGCAAUAGGCAUUCCAAUGGUCAUUAGUUGCUCUAUCUACUCCUUCCUGUAUUUCACAUAUCCACGAGAUAGAGAUCGUGUACGGUUGCAGCUGAUUGAAGAAACAGGCAAUUCUCCAUCCGAAGAACAACAGCCCUUACUCGAGCACGAUGAGCACAGAAUUCUUUCAGCAAUUAGUUGA